AUGAGAUUCCGGGCUAAUGUCCAGAACAUUCACACGUUCACGAAAUUCACAGCAUCUCUGGCUACUUUGGGCCACAUCGCCUGGGUCAGGCUCGAUGAGACAGAUGUGCGGUUUACCGUCAUUCCCGAGCGAGGAACGCAGGUGUGGUCAGUCCUGUCGAUUGACACCAUCUUCGACACAUACACAAUACAAUCCGCAGCCCCAAACAAUACAAUAAAUCUUGAGGUGCCACUCGCUCCACUUCAACGCGCUCUGAAGAGCGCCCAGAGUGCUAUUGCGGCCAGCAUCCGACUGACCAAGAAGGACAACAUCCCCCUCCUAUCUCUCACGAUUACCACGCAGACAAUGAAUAGCAGCGCCCCUUCCGUAGGCGACGGCCAUGGCUCGUCUGCAGAGCAAGAGAUGAACGGCUUCGGCAGCGGUGCAGGCCUUCGCGAGGGAAGCGCGGAUUUCCUAGGCGGCCGGCAGGAUCGUGAGACUCUGGUCACUCAAGAUGUGCCUGUUCGGGUGCUGGCGCCAGCCUCAGUCGAGGGCUUGCAUGAACCACGGUGUCGAGAGCCUGACGUUCACAUUGUUCUGCCGAACUUGAUGCAACUCAAGGGCAUCAGUGAUCGCUUUACCAAGCUGGCUUUGUCAACCAAAAGCACGACGCGAACGGGCUUCAACAGCGCUGCGGCGGGGCCCAAAUUGGAGUUGAGCAGCAACAUGCACGGCUGCCUGCGUCUUGCGCUGAACACCGAUGCCAUGCGCAUCAACAGUCUCUGGACGGGGUUGGAGAAUCCAAAUCUAGAUCCUUCGCAAGUCGUCAAUGGCGAAGAAGGGAUUGCCAACCAUCCAAGUACGAGAAUGCGAGAACUUGGCGACUCGUCAGGUUUGAGUGAGGACGGCUGGGCAACGGUGAGGGUGGAAGGUCGCGACUGGGGUAGAGUCCUUAGCGUCGGCAGGCUCGGUGGGAGGGUGAUUGCUUGCUUCUGUCAUGAGCAUGCACUCAUACUGUACGUCUAUCUAGACGCAGGGCAGCCUGGAGGGGGAGAGUCUGUGCUCACUGUAAGCACAAUAUAUGCGAUCGUUAUUUACGGCUGCAAACCACUAACGACUCGACAGUAUUACAUAUCCUCAUAUGCCACAUGA